AUGCGCGUCCUCGUCCUACUCUCAGCCGCCCUGGCCUCCCUCGCCGGCACGGUGCUGGGCAAGCCUGAGCAGAUCAGAAGCGUGAGCAGCCCCGUCUACCACUUGUAUCUUCAGGCGUACCCCAAGGACAAGUCGAUCCCGGUCCUAGGCCCUGAGGCGUCAGCCGAGUCCUUCAACAUCGCCGGGACCAUCCAGAGCACCAACACGAGUCUGUACCUGGGCAUCAAGAGCGAUGCAACGUCGUACAAGACGCUACUAUUCAGCAAUGCCUCUUCUACCGACGCGUGGGGGCUCGAAGGGGAUACCAUCAUCACCAAGCAGGGCAGCUCUUGGGGCCGCCGUAUGUGA